UUCAAGAGAGGGAAAUUGAGACUGAAACAGACUCUCCUUUCAAAAUCUAGCAAACCAUCUUCAUCGCUCUACUCGUAGGUCUGUCCAACCUCUUCUCACCUUCCCAGUUUCCAUUACCUUUUUAUUGACCUCUUCUAUGUUUUCAUCUUAAUUAAACAUUCUCAGUUCCCCUCUGAUCAUUCUCUUUGUAGCCCCACAAUUAAUGGAAGGCCAUGAAGCCCCACCAUCACCACCACAACUGCCACAACUGGCGCCAUCCCCAAACCCUUCCUAUCUCCUUACACCCUUACUAUUGCCAUCCUCCUCAUUGCCGUACCCUUCUAUAAUUGAACCUCAAGUCCUUCCGGAUAUUGAUUGGGCUGGCCUUCUCUCUGGCCAAUCCCAGCUCGGCGAGAAGAGGCCUGUAAUGGAAAGUGCUUCUAUGGUGGCUGAAAAUGGAGCAGGGGAAGAGAAGGGAAAUAAAGAUGAGAAGAAAGGGGGGAGAAUGAAAAAGGCGCCGACCCGGCCAAGAUUUGCUUUCCAAACUAGAAGUGCAGACGAUAUUCUUGAUGAUGGAUAUAGGUGGAGGAAAUAUGGGCAAAAAGCCGUGAAGAACAGCAAAUAUCCCAGGAGUUACUACCGGUGCACGCAUCAUACAUGCAACGUGAAGAAACAAGUGCAAAGGCUAUCUAAGGACACAAGCAUAGUCGUCACGACUUAUGAAGGAGUUCAUGAUCAUCCAUGUGAGAAACUGAUGGAAACCCUAACUCCUCUUCUCAAACAGAUGCAAUUCCUUGCUAGGUUCUAAUUAUUAAGCUCACUUCUGCACAAGCAGACCCUGUUGUUCUUGGCCAUCUUAUAUCAGUCUUUGUAUAUAGUGAAAACUUGUAUAAACUUUUCCA